UCUCUCUCUCUUUCUAGGCCCCCCACUGGCUUUCUUGUCCUCCCUACUCCUGCUGUCUCUUCUCCAUUCUUUUCUAAUUCCCAAUACUCUGUCCAUGAAUUCCCAACAUUAUUUGCAGAAUAUCUCUCCGAAUUUUUCUUUCUUUGAGAUAUACCCCCACGUCAUCCGGUUAAUCUCAACGAGAUCUCCUCAUUCGAAUUAGACGGGAAGGCCGACCCACUGGGGAAAGGAGGCUGUCCUCCAUACCAUUAACUUGUCUUCAGGCUGUCUGCUCCAUGGAGCGAGAAUUGAUAGACUCCUACUGUUCGAAUUUUCUUUCCUGCUCCUCUGUCUCUGUCCUCCGACGUCAUCUCUCCUUCUCCCGUCAUGAGCGACUCCGACUCCCCCCGCGGGGCGUCAGACGAAUUCGACCAUAGCGAUCCGUCUUCGACAGAUCUUCACGUCCGCACGCUUCCCGAUGAUCUGCCCAAAUCCUUAGAUGACCGCCGUUCUAUGCCCGUCUUGCAACCCGAGACAGAGAUGUACGAUGCCUGGCAAGGUCAGUCGCAAUUUCUCACAACUCCCGUGGCUGCGAAACCUUUGAGCUUCAGCCUCACACUCGACGAUCAUACACACGACGAGGAACAUGCCUUACAAGCCCAGUAUGGACGCGGUCUUGCAGCGGCUGCCAUCGAUGACGACAACGAAUCCACGAUAACCGCUCGUCUUGAGGACAGCGAUGCCCGAUUGAUGGAGAUGCUUGCUGCGCAAGCGGCCCAUCGAGAAGUGGAUUCGCUCGGUGCGGAUGAGGAUGCUAUUGCCUCCGAUGACAAGCUGACCGAAGCGGAGAAACGGAAUAUCUUACAGCGCAGCCUGAACAUGGCAGCGAGCAAUGGCGAUGUGGAACGUGUUCGCAGGCUAGUCCAAGGGGAGGCGAAGGACUACGUGGACGUUAACAUGCCGGAUGAAGAGGGCACAGUGCCCCUGAUAUACGCAAGCUGCUUUGGGCAUCAGGAUGUCGUAUCGGCCCUUCUGGACGCGGGGGCUCUGGUCGACCAGCAAGAUCGCAACCAGUGGAGUGCCUUGAUGUGGGCGAUGACCAACCGACAUAAGACGAUCGCGAAAAUCCUCCUCGACCACGGCGCGUCUCCGGACAUCAAAUCCUCGUCAGGCGGGACGGCUUUCGACUUUGCCCAACCAGGCAGUGAGAUCUCAGAGUACCUGCAUGAAAAUGGAUAUCAUUUCGGACCGAGCGCCAUCGAAGAUGAUUUCUAUGACUCUGGAUUUGGGCAUGGCCGCUUUGAGGAGGAAAUCGCAGAAAAUGAGAUGAAGCGGCGGAUGAUGAUGGAAGAGAGUGCGAUCAAUCUCGAGGUCGACUUAUCGAGCCUGGGGCUUGACGAGAAAUUUGACUCGCAGGAUGAUGAAGAUUUGGAAGAGGAGCAGCAGGAAUUCGUCUGGGAUCGGUGUUUGAACGACCAGAUGUUCGUCUUCCAAGACCACGAGCUCGAAAAGAUACUGAAUAUUAUCAUCACCAAUAUGACCCCACAGCGAUCUCCCUCGCAGAAGCCAGUUCCUGCCAAUCUUCUGUUCCUCAGUGCUCGUUACGCCCAUUACCACGCCAGUCCCGAGCUGCUGGCUACGCUCCUGGUCUCCGCGACCGACAAGAUCAACGACGUCGUUGAGCGUCAUCAGUGGGACAUGACUAUUCUUGCCUUCUGGAUGUCGAAUGCAACUCUCUUGCUCCAUUAUUUGAAGAAAGACGCUGGUUUGGUUGAAGCAACUGUCGAAUUCCAGCUUCAUUUGGCCGAAUUGAUCAAUGAGAUCUUUAUCUUGAUUAUCCGCGAUGCUGAGCGUCGAAUGAACAAGGUUCUAGAUUCAGCCAUGCUUGAUCACGAGACGAUCCCUGGCCUGGAGGAUGUGCACUUCCAGAACGAAUGGAAGCUGUUUCGGCCCAAGUCUAAGGCUAAAGCUCCCGAGCCGGUGGAGAAGCGCUUCCGGCCACCAUCUCCGCGACGGCGUGCGCAGGUUUCGCCGCGCAAUAUCACCUCCCUCCUAUCCUCGACUUUAUUUGUUCUUGAGUUGUACGAUGUUCAUUCGGUUAUUACCACGCAAAUCAUCUCUCAGCUUUUUUACUGGGUGGGGGCUGAGCUCUUCAAUCGAAUCAUGACAACCAAACGGUACCUUGCCCGAACGAAAGCGAUGCAGAUUCGCAUGAAUGUUUCGACGUUAGAAGAUUGGGCUCGCAUCAAUAAUCGCCAACCGGAACAUUACGAGAACGGCUCGACGAGCAGCACUGGCGAAUGCACCAUGGACGCCGCGCGCAAACAUCUCGCACCGGUAAUUCAGCUUUUGCAAUGGCUGCAAUGCUUCUCUUCGCUGGGGGAUGACUUUGAGUCGCUGGUGACGACCCUUCUUCAACUGCAGCAGUUGACUCCAGCCCAGCUUCUGCAUGCGGUCAAAUCGUAUCGACCAGAGGUUGGAGAGAAAGGGUUGACCAAACAGGCGAUGAAGUUCCUAAUUGAACUGCAGCGUGAGCCGGAAUUGCUAUACCGGGAACAUGCCAAACUAGAAGCGGCCCAGCAGCAACGAGGCGCGGCGCAGGCGUCAGCCUCUAACGAUGGAGGACGACCUCAGACGCCUCCAGCGACGACAACGACAGGCGAUGCGGCCACCUCCCCUGACGCCUCGACGCGCGCCUCGGUAGCUUCCCCGGGCUCCAGUUUCGCAUCUCCGCGACCGGCCCUGAUGGAAGAGCGGGCUGGCGGUCAUGGGGUGUUUUUAGAUCCCUCUUUGACGCUUCCAUUCUCUCUGCCCACCAGCACGGAUAUGUUGAUUAGUUAUGGAGCUGGAUGGGGAGGUACAAAUCGCGAGCGGGCGCGCAAAUACAUCCCGACCGUGCCCCCAGAAGUGCUCAGUCGAUUUGACCGCGAUGGGUGAGUGAGAGGGGCGGUUUUUAGCUGUGUAUCGGAAUGAUGCCCUUGGGGUGGGCGGGGAUUAUCUUCUAUCGAGUAUAUAGGUUGAUUUACCUUGGUUUAGUAGUGUGUUCUAGAUAGGAGUGACUGGACACGAUGACACGCCAAGCAGUCCCUUGGAGGGCGGGUUGCGUAAGGCCGUCAGAUUGAGUGUCCCAAGGGAGAUAGUGAUGGACAGUGGAGUUGCUGGAACGGGCCAGGCCGGGUUUUUCUCAGGGAGAGUUAGCCAAUUCAGACGCGGCACGCCGAGAUACUAAGAGCACCCAAUGUCUUUAAUGGGCGGGAAUGGGAUCAAGAUCCAUCUUGGACAGGAUGACGAGUCGCACCGGGCGGUUCGUCGUCAGCAAAGCUGGCCGCUAUACGCAAUGAAGCCCCGACUAGUCCAUUAGUAGUUGGCAACUAACUCCACCAACUCGACCGUUGUGUUUAUAUAAUCUG